AUGUCGUCGUUCCAAGGCUGGAUAGAUCUGCCGCCGGAGCUCCUUUCUCGCGUCGCCGAUGGCCUCGACGACCUCAGGUCCUACACCAGCGUGCGGGGCACCUGCACGGCAUGGCGUCGCGCGCUCGCGCCACCUACGCCAUCGCUGCUCGUCCUCCACCGCGACGGCCCGUCCUGCCCCAACGCCUUGCACCCGAUGCGCGGCUCCUUCGAGUUCACGUCCACCUACCCGAUUAGGAGCUGCCUCGGUUGCGGAGGCGGGUGGCUUGCCCUUUCCGUCUGCCUCUACGACGGCCAAAGCCUGCUCACCCUCUUCCACCCAGUCACCGCCGCCGAGAUUCUGCUACCGCCGCUCAUCUACGACACCCGCUUGCUCUCCAAGAUCGUCUUCGUGCCUGACCCCACUAGGGACGACUUCACCGCCGCCACCAUCUGCGACAUCGACAGGCUCGCCUACGUCACCGCGGGGGCCAGGAGGUGGGCCAUCCUUGACCGCGUCCGUCUUGCCACCGGAGACCAGCUCAUCAAUGUCGUCUACCAUCAAAAUGGUAUGGUUUACUGCCUCACUCGGUUUGGGAAUGUUUAUGUGCUCCACCUACCGGAACGCCGCCGCCGCGAACCCGUCAUCAUCAAGGACCAGACAUUAGCAGAGGAUCUUGUAACGCGUAACAGGCGCAUCAUUCAAAUGCACAAUGUCGGAUCGGACAUGAACGCGCCGGCUAGCGUGCAACCACUGCUCUUGUCUUCGGCGAGCAGUUUCACCCCAGUGUACAUCGCUGUUUCGGAUUUGACGAGUGCCAAGAACCUGUUUCGGAUUGCUAGUUGUACGGUCACUUUGCAUCUGGCGGGAGGCGGUCAUCGCCGUAUAGAGGAUGAUGAAAUAUUUGUUCUCAAGUAUGAUCCCCGACGCAGGCCUUGCUGGGACGCGGUGGCUGACUUGGGGGGAUACUGUGACGCCCGGAUAAUUAAGCCACAGUAA